GCAAGAGCCCAAGAAGCCCGAUCCCGGGCUGCCCAAGCUGCCGUUCAACAACCGGGUCGCGCUGAUCACGCUGCUCGCACUGAUCGCCCUGUUCGUGCUGCUGGUGGUCUACAACAACGAGCGUGGCUUGCCAGGGAGAUCGCCUACUCGGUCUUCCUCGCAUACGUCGAUCAGAGGGAAGUGGCGGAGGUCAAGAUCGUCGACGGCUUCGAGAUCCUGGGCCAGUUCAGCGACAACCAGGAGCAGUUCAAGACCACCAUCCCCUACCACGACCCGCAGCUCCUGAACCGGCUGGAGAACAGCGGCGUGAGGAUCACCGGCGGGCCGAAGCCGGUCUCGCCGUUCCGGAUCUUCAUCGAGUUCCUGCCGUGGGUACUGGGCAUCUUCUUCAUCUGGUUCAUGUUUCGCCAGGUGCAGGGGUCCGGCAAUCGCGCCUUCUCGUUCGGCAAGAGCCGCGCCAAGCGCUACCUGGACACCAGCAAGAAGAUCAGUUUUAGCGAUGUCGCCGGUCAGGAAGAGGCCAAGUACGAGCUCGAGGAGGUGGUCGAGUUCCUGAGCAACCCGGCGAAGUUCUCGCGCAUCGGCGCCAAGAUCCCAAAGGGGGUGCUGCUGGUAGGGAUGCCGGGAACCGGUAAGACCCUGCUGGCAAAGGCGAUCGCCGGUGAGGCCAGCGUGCCGUUCUUUCACAUGUCCGGUUCCGACUUCGUGGAGAUGUUCGUCGGCGUGGGCGCCAGCCGGGUCCGCGAUCUGUUCGAGCAGGGCCGCAAGCACGCCCCCUGCAUCCUGUUCAUCGACGAGUUGGACGCGGUCGGCCGUACGCGCGGUGCCGGCUACGGCGGGGGCCAUGACGAGCGCGAGCAGACGCUCAAUCAGAUGCUGGUGGAGAUGGACGGCUUCGACACCAAGGACGGCGUGAUCAUCAUCGCGGCGACCAACCGGCCGGAUGUGCUGGACCCGGCGCUGCUGCGACCGGGCCGUUUCGAUCGUCAGGUCGUCGUCGAUAUGCCGGACGUGAAGGGCCGGGAGGAGAUCCUCAAGAUUCACAGCAGCAAGGUCCCCGUCGGCAACGACGUGGACAUCAAUCGGGUCGCCCGCGCCACACCGGGCUGCUCGGGGGCCGAUCUGGCCAACAUCGUCAAUGAGGCGGCGCUGCUGGCCGCUCGCAACGGCAAGGAUCAGGUGGGCAUGGCCGAUUUCGAGGAGGCGCGAGACAAGAUCAUGAUGGGCUUGGCGCGCCGCUCCAAGGUGAUCCAACCGUCCGAGCGCGAGAUAAUCGCCUAUCACGAGGCCGGUCAUGCGUUGCUUCACUACCAUCUUGAACACGCGGACCCGUUGCACAAGGUCACCAUCGUCCCGCACGGCAUGGCACUCGGCGUUUCCUUCUCUCUGCCCGAAAACGACAUGUACACGCGUGGCAAGGGCUGGGCUGCUGGACCGCAUCACCAUCACCAUGGGCGGAUACGCUGCGGAGAAGCUGCGCUACGGCGAGACGAGCACCGGAGCUCAGAACGACAUCGAGCAGGCUACGGAGCUGGCGCAUCGCAUGGUCUGCGAAUGGGGCAUGAGCGAGACGCUGGGGCCGGUUGCCUACGGCCAGAAGGAAGAGCCGAUUUUCCUUGGCAAGGAGAUCGCACGGCACAAGGACUAUUCGGAGGAGACCGCUCGGCACAUCGACCAGGAGGUGGUCGCCAUCCUGUCGUCGCGGCUGCAGACGGCUACCGAGCUUCUCAAAGGCAACGACGAUCAGAUGCAGGUGCUGGCAAAGACGUUGCUGCAGAGGGAGACGAUCGAGGACGCGGAAAUCCGCAUCCUUCUCGGUUUUCCUGA